AUGCUGGAUGUCCAACGAGAUUUGCAGGAGGAUGUGGUGGAGAUCCAUAAGGGUCUGAGUGCCAUGGUCUCUGUUGUGAAGGAGUCCAUGCAGAGCGGUAUGCCAGUAUGUAAUGCUAGAUGUGAGCGGCUCAAUACUUUAAUGCACAGUCUGUGCGUACUGCUGGAGCCCCCGGUUCAGGAAAAGGCCUUUCUAAAAGCAUUGGGUUUAUGGAGCAAGCCCCAGCCCUCUGAUCCCAGGCCUGUCCCAGCUCGGUUAUGGAAGAUGUUCCAGAGAAGGUCCAGGCCCCUCACCCAGGGUGACUCUGAAGCUGAUGUGUGCAGAGUGGAAGAGUUGGGGGUGGAUGGAGACACCCUCCGUCACCUCCCCGAUCUUGGUGGUCCAAUCUCUGGACUGGGAUCUGUGCCAUUGCUGUGCAUGCGGAGACGGCUUUACUUCAACCUGUCAGUGCUGGAAGAAGUGGAGGAGCUCACACUAGCCCAGUUGGAGCUCACCCUCCUCGGAGAUCCCUACCCAAUCCCUGGGACAGCUGCAACCUGCACCCUGUCAAUCUGGAAGAUGGGAGAGACCCCCAACUCCAGGCAGCAACUCAUCGCCUCGCAGUCCUUCCAGACCUUGCACAGCACCCUCUACUUCAACCUGACUCAGCUUACUAGGGCCUGGAGACGCCACAGCAGUAACCAGGGGGCACUCCUGGAGGUGGGCAGCUCCUCGAUGGGGGAUGUGCGGGCACCAAGCCCAGCCUGCACCCGGAUCGCCCGGGAUCUGCAUGUCUCCCUGUUGGUGGUGACCCUGAAUCGGGAGAAAUGCAAAGCGUCCAGGAGGAAGAGGAGAUCCUUUCAGCUGCCCCUCGCGUUUAGCCGCGUCUGCAAACGGAGGAGGCUCCACAUCCAGUUCAAGGACGUAGGCUGGCAACACUGGAUCAUCGCCCCCCAGGGUUACAUGGCCAACUAUUGCCAUGGGGAGUGCCCUUACCCCUUGAGCGAGAGUCUGAAUGGCACCAACCAUGCCAUUCUGCAAACACUGGUGCACGCCACUGACCCUGACCACACCCCCCAACCCUGCUGUGUCCCCAUUAAACUCUCGCCUAUUUCCAUGCUUUAUUACGAUAACAAUGACAAUGUGGUUUUGAGACAUUAUGAUGAUAUGGUGGUGGAUGAGUGUGGUUGCAGAUAA